UACAGCACAAAUGGAACCCACCCCGGUUCCUUUGCAACUCUUCUUAUGAACCACCCCAUUUCUCAAUAAAACCAAGCAAAUCAAUCUCCAGUUUUACCAGAUUUUCACUUGUAAUAUUAUUACAUAUUUCUCUGUUUUGAUUUUGCAGGCAAUGAAACCACGAAUACCUGAAAACACCAAAUUACAGUGAAAUGGCCCUAUCUCAACUUAUACCUUCUCCAACUUCCUCUUUCCCAGCUCACUCUCACCACCAACGUUCUUUAAACCCUAACUCCACAUUAAACCCUAAAUCUUUCAGUUUUUUCUCUGAUUCUUCUUUAACUCUUUUUCGCUUCGUUAGAAGACCCAAUUUUCUACGUUGCUCAGCUUCUUCUUUCCCUGAAAAGCAUCACCCCACCAACCCACCAAAAUCUGACGACGUUGUUGAGCUCCCGCUUUUCCCGCUUCCACUUGUCCUCUUACCUGGAGCCAUUCUCCCUCUUCAGAUCUUCGAGUUUUGUUACCGCAUUAUGAUGCAUACUCUCCUCCAAACCGACCUACGCUUCGGUGUCAUCUUCUCCGACGCCGUUUCGGGAACCGCCGAGGUUGGCUGUGUUGGCGAAAUCGUCAAACACGAACAACUCGUUGACGAUCGGUUCUUUCUCAUUUGCAAAGGGCAGGAAAGAUUUCGUGUUAGGAGUAUUGUCCGUACAAAGCCGUAUCUUGUUGCGGGGGUGACGUGGCUGGAGGACAGACCGUCUGGUGAGGAGGACGUGGACGCGUUGGCCAAUGAUGUGGAGGGUUAUAUGAAGGAUGUGAUUCGCUUGUCGAAUCGAUUGAACGGCAAGGCUGAAAAAGAGGUUGUGGAUCUGCGGAGGAAUAUAUUUCCGACGCCGUUUUCGUUUUUUGUUGGAAGCACUUUUGAAGUUGCGCCUAGAGAGCAGCAAGCCUUGCUUGAAUUGGAAGAUACAGCGGCCAGGCUUAAGAGAGAGAAGGAAACUUUAAGGAACACCCUUAAUUACUUGACUGCUGCUUCAGCUGUUAAAGAUGUGUUUCCUUCUUCAAGCUGAUAGGUCAGAGAAAAAGAUAUCUGUGCUUACGCCGGUACGUGGAGUGCAACCGUUAGAUAUGGGCCAAAAGAUACUUACAUGCCUUAGGAAAAAAUGACAUUACAGCAAAUUCUAUUUUUGUACUGGUUCUCCUGAGUUCACCCUUUUGCAGAGAAAUUAAUAGUAUCAUCCUAUGAAAAUUUCACA